UUACUCUAAAAUAUUUUAUUAUUCUCACCAAAGCAAGUCCAAACUCCAAAGGUGGAAAGAAACACUUUACAUGGCUUAGGAAGAGAGAUGGAAACAAAUAAAAAAAAGUACUAGUAACAAAAUAAAAGUGACGUGGACUGACUCGAUCUUAUCCAAAACUUAGUAGUGUAGUUUGUGACGGCUAAGAUGGGCGGCAGCAACCUGGCAUAUUCGGAUACUACGUGGCAAACAAGCCCGAUGCCACCUCACCCUCCAAAUCGUAAAGGGGGAGAGAGAGAAAGAACAAUUUUGAGGAAACCUCCUCCGCGUUUUGACGUCAUCAUUGGACGCUUUCCAUCUGCACGGAGAAAGCGGAUUGGUCGAAACCACGCUUUCGAGCUAAAGUACUUCCAACGACAGCUCAGGCGAAGCCAAAUCGGAGUAGUAUCCUUAAAACUGUACAAAACGACAAAGCGCCACCUCUCUCGGGCUGUUGCCGACCACCGCACGAUUCGUUGCAUCCCUGUCAUUUUCUGCUAUUUUCACACCUAA